CCUCAGCGUAUUUAAAGUGCUUCCAUAGGACUUUAAACUAGUUUUCCCAUUUCCAAACUCAUCAAGCAAUGCGAUCAGGAUUUGAAGAUAAUAGUGAAACUGGUAGAGAUUAUAGCAAAGAAGCCACUAAAACAAAUCAUUUAAAAGAAAUUGAAGUUCUGGCUAAAUCAAAGAAUGGGCAUCUUUCUUCAUAGGUUAGAACUAACAAAUCUAUAUAUGUUGCCGAUUUCAUCAUCAAACCUCACAAUUAUGUAUGUUAAAGGAAGCUUUGAUGGUUCUACAUCAGGAAAUGCUAAAGAAGGUUCUUCAUCAACUAAUUUUGAACCAAAAAGCUCAGCCCAAAGUUCAUUGAUUAGUUCCCUUCCUCAAGCAUUUUCACAUAAGCAAAGCAUGGUCAACCAAACAGAGGAAGAUGAUGAAACUGUGGCAAAGGCCCUUGCAGACUUACAAGCUUGUCUGAAAAUGCCUCUUAAGGACAUAGCAACCUCAGAAUCCAACAGCCUUCGCUUUCUUAUUUCUCUCAACUUCUUGUCUCGCCUUUCUUUUGAAGAUGAAAAUUUAUCUCAUGAACUUAAAGCUACUAUACAGUCUUUGCUCCAAGACUUUCCAAGCAUUUUAUAUUCUUUCAAGUCAGCCUUUGCCACCAUCAACAAGUUUCCCAAGUUUAUAAAUGAAACUCAAGAGAAGGAAGCUAAGUUGAAGGAGCAUAUGACUAUGUUGGAGAACGAAAGACAAGAUUGUGAGGCUAAGAUAUCAUCUCUUCAAGACAAAAAAAAGAAUUGUGGAGCAGAAAUCAUAAAGCUCAAGAAUGAGUUUGAUAGCGUGACCAAAGCAAAGACUGAAAUGAUGGAACAUCAGAAAAAAGCUCAGCAACAAUUGUUUGAGGUAGAUUACAAAUGGUCAGUCCUAUAUAACCAAUUUCAACUAAACAAUAUCGCUCCUAGAAAUCUCUUUUAGUGUUCUUCCACUGGAGUAUUUUAUUUUAAAAAUUUACUUUUUAUUUUAUUUUAUCUUCUUUGAUCCUUAAUACUUUCCUUUCUUUGUCAGGUGCAAAAUGUUAUAAAUUGUUCAACUUGUGUUUUUAGGAAUCA